ACACAACUUCUAACCUCUUUCUUUUUCCUUUUUUUUUUUUUGGCUAAUUAGUUAAUUCUAACCUCAAACUUGUUUUUCUAAAACCCUGCAAAACCCUGAGGUGACAUUCAAGAAAAUCAAGAAGCUUCAAAUAAAUGGAAGUUUCAGCUCUACAAAACCCAUUUCAUGACACUCCCUUUUAAGCUACUUGCACCUCUCCUCUCUAAGCCUUUCUCACUUUCUCCUCAUUCACCCAGAUUUUUCAGCUCUACAGUAUCCAAGAAUUUAAUUGAAAAAAUCACAGCUGCAUUUCACCAAGAAAACCCCAAAAUCUUGGACCCUUUUUUGAGCUCUAAACUUCAAGAAAAUCAUGUGGGGUCUAUUAUUUUUAAUCUCCGGUCAAAACCCAUGUCAGCAAUUAGGUUCUUUGAGUGGUCUGAAUAUGUUCUAGGGUUUGAUCAUAAUCUUGAUUCUUUUUGCGGGAUUUUGCAUUUGUUGCUUUCUAAUCGAUUGUUUGAUCCUGCUAGACAGGUGUUUGAUAAAAUGGCUGUAAAUUUUGGAAAUGUUGAUUGUUUCGAAGCUUUUUACGGAGGUUUGCAGGUUUAUAAUUCUAAUCCUAAUACUGUUUAUAGUUUCUUGAUUGAUAAUUAUUGUCGAAUUAAGAUGGUUGAUACGUCGGUUGAGAUUUUCUAUCGAAUGUCUGCAUUGGGUAUUUCAGUAUCACCGUAUGCCUUGUGUUCAAUGUUGAGUUGUUUGGUAGACUGUAAGGGGAUGGAUGUUAUAUUGAGUGUUUGUGGAGCUGCAAGUGAUGGAUUAAGAGGAAAACAUAAUGAACGUAUGAAUUUGUAUGGUUUUGUGAUGGGUGGUUUCUUUAAGAAAGGAGAUGUUGAAAUGGGUCUACAUUUUCAUAGAGGGAUGAUUGAAAGGGGUUUUUCACCUGAUAUUAUUACCUGCAAUAAGAUUAUGAAAGGUCUUUGUAAUAAUAAGAGUAUAGAGGUUGCAUGUAAAUAUUUUUCCUCCAUAGUAGAGGAAGGUCCUAAUCCGAGUUUGAUUACUUUCACCACAUUGAUUAAUGCACUCUGUAAAGAUAUAAGACUGGAAGAGGCAUUUAGGAUUUAUAAUUUCAUGAUUGUAAUGGGUAUUACUCCUGAUGUGUUCAUCUAUAGUAUUUUAAUAGAUGGACUUUUCAGAGUUGGGAAAUAUGAAGAGGCGCAUACAUUACUGUUAGCUGCAUUAAAACGAGGCAUCAAACUGGAUCUGGUGCUCUUUAGUUCCAUUAUGGACGCGUACAUGAAAAUGGGGAAUGUUGAAAAGGGAAUCGAUGUAUAUAAUAAUAUGUUGGAAGAAGGUAUUAGACCAAACAUUGUUACCUACGGGAUUGUCGUAAACGGGUUAUGUCGAAGUGGUAGACUUUUUGAGGCUCUGGGUGUCUUUGGCCAUAUUAUGAAAUGUGGUAUUGAGCCAUCCCUGAUAAUUUAUAGUAGUCUUAUUGACGGCAUCUGUCAGUUCGGAAACUUAAGAGAAAUUAUUGGUUUGUACAGCGAUAUGGUAAAGAAUGGACCUACACCUGAUGCUUUUAUUUAUAGUACAGUUAUCAAUGGUUUUAGCAAGCAAGAUAGGGUAAGUGAUGCAAUGAGCUUUUUCUACCAGGCUCUGAAGAUGGGGGUAAGGCCUAAUAUUUAUACAUUUAAUUCUUUAAUUGAUGGUCUCUGUAGAUCUAAGAGAAUUCAUGAUGCUGUAAAAGUUUACCGCCUGAUUGGAAAUUAUGAUUUUCAUCCAGAUGUAGUUACUCACACUGUGCUCAUUAAAGGAAUAUUUGAGGAAGGAAAAGCACUUGAAGCAUUAAGCUUUUCUUUCCAAGUGCUAAAGAGGGGCUUCUCUCUCGAUGUUGUAACAUAUUGCACCCUUAUUAAUGGAUUUUGCAAACAAAAGAAUCUAACUGCUGGGUUACGGGUGUUUGAGUUGAUGCUCGAGUAUAAUGUAAAACCUGAUAUUGCCAUAUUUAAUAUUGUAUUGAAAAUGCUUCUUAAAGAAAAUUGUUUGCAAAGAGCAGAGGAGCUAUUCAGGCAGGUGUGUGAUAGUGGUCCUGAGCUUGAUAUUGUGACCUACAACACAAUGAUCUGUGGAUACUGCUCUUACAACUUGUUGGGGAAGGGCAUUCAACUGUAUGAAGAGCUUAAGCGUAACCACAUCAGACCAAAUGCUGUGACUUAUACCAUUCUAAUUGAUGCAUAUUGUAAAGAUGGUAAUAUGGAAGAUGCAGCAUCAUUAUUCUCCACCAUGCUUGACAAAGGUUUAGAACCUAAUGUCUUUACAUACAGUUGUUUGAUUGAUGGUCAUUUUAAAUUCCAUGAUAUGAGGAAUGCCCUUGAUCUUCAUGAUGAGAUGUUGGGUAAUAAUAUCUCUCCCAACAUUGUGAGCUACAGCAUUCUGAUAGAUGGUCUAUGCAAAAGGGGAUUGAUGGAGGAAGCAUUGCAUGUUUUUUAUCGUGCCCAGGAGAUGCAUUUACUGCCUGACAUAAUAACAUAUGGAAUUUUGAUGCAUGGAUUUUGCAAAGCUGGAAAAUUUUCAGAUGCCAUGACUUUUUAUAGCCAAAUGUUGGGAGAUGGAAUUGUUCCUGAUAGGUUCAUACAAGGUAUACUAGCUGAGUAUCAGCUGCAAGUAAGUCAGGAUGAAGAUAUUUGUACUUCUCCAGAUACCGUGCGGAAGCCUCGGCUAUAAUUGAUCAAUAUAGGUUUCUAACGAUGAAAUGUUAUCAUGGUGAAUGGAAUUUCCACUUUGUAGAUUAUUGUAAGAGUGUGUACCCUAUGGCCUAAUGUUCAUUAUCUUCAGAGUCAUAUAUGUACCCAUUUGUACAUUGAGUGUAAUUAUUCUUUUGUAAACAGUCUUUGUACCAGAUCGUAUAAAAAAACCUUUUAAACAUAUUGGACCAACUUGCAAAUGAAUUCAUCUUUUGUCUAGUUCUUUA